CCUCUUUCUCUGGCUUAAACUAGAGAUAUAGAAGAGAUAUCUCUGGCUUAAACCAAAGGAGCAAAGAGUUAACUAACUAGCUAGUUAACCCUUUUUGAUUGUUGCAAAUUUUGAAAGUGAUUGCUGGAUUCUGUGAUUCAAGAUGUGGUGACGUGAGAUGGAGUAGGGUUAUGGGAUAAAAACCUUAUCAUUAACAUUUAACAUUACUUAUCAGCAGUUUCAGACUAUUGAUUUAAGUAUUACUUAUCAAUAAGAAUACAUCCUUUGUUCUAAACACUUCUCUAAAACUAUCAAAAUAAUGCAAUUCGCUGGUAAAGUGGUUCUGAUAACUGGAGCUAGCUCUGGAAUUGGAGCUGCAACAGCAAAACUUUUCAGCAAGCAAGGUGCUAGUCUCGCUUUGGCUGGUAGAAAUUUGGAGAAUUUAAAGGAGGUAUCAAAAGAAUGUAGUACUGCAGCACCUCCCUUGAUUGUAACUGGGGAACUUACGAAUGAAAAUGAUGUUAAAGCGAUAUUAGAUAAAACCAUUGAACAUUUUGGAAAACUGGAUGUUCUAGUAAAUAAUGCAGGUAUUAUCAAAUCUGGAAGCAUCGAGAACACUUCUCUAGAACAAUAUGACCAAAUAAUGAAUACCAAUAUGCGAUCUAUUUACCAACUAACAUCAUUGGCUGUACCGCAUUUGAUUAAAACAGAGGGCACGAUUGUUAAUGUGUCUAGCGUCAAUGGUAUUAGGGCAUUUGCUGGUGUUUUAGCUUACUGCGUAUCUAAGGCAGCUCUGGACCAAUUCACUAGAUGUGUAGCCCUUGAAUUAGCUCCUAAAAAAGUGAGGUGCAAUAGUGUGAACCCUGGGGUAACUAUCACAAAUUUACACAAAAGAUCUGGCAUGAAUCAAGAGCAGUAUGAAGCAUUCUUGAAAAGAAGUCAAGAAACCCAUGCAUUGGGCCGGCCAGGUACUGCAGAAGAAGUAGCAAAGACAAUUCUUUUUUUGGCAGGGAAUGAUUCUAGCUUCAUAACUGGGGCAACUUUACCUUGCGAUGGUGGAAGGCAUGCUAUGUGCCCAAGAUAAUUUUUAAAUUUGAGGAUACAUAGUGGUUUUAUUUAUAUAUUUUUUGGAACUUCUCAUUUUUAUUUGUAUCCAUUUAUUGUUUGAAUAAUGAAGCCUUUUAUUUAUCGGCAAA